ACAGGCAGAGCAUUCAGCGCAUGAACAGGCUGUCGCUAAGGAAUUCACCUUAGGUGUCCCCCCCUUUCUCCCCCUAAGGACAUUAUUUUAAUUUCAACAUAGAAGUCAAAUUUGAGAGGCAAACAGAUUGGCUCAUCGUGUGUCUGUGGACUGCUGAAUCUCUGUCAUUUGUCCAGUGUUUCGAGGAGGUGACGAGCGGAGCACAUUAACGUGUUCCAACGCCAUUUAAGGCUGGACAGCGGAGGCAGCUGGACUUUUCACAUAGGUUUGCAUCUUUGAGAUGAAAUCCGACGUUGUGAUACAUGCACUGGCGUAGCAGGGGCCAUCCAUAUUUCUCGGCAUCUAAUUUUUUCACCAGAGGAGUGAUAUAGCCUGCUCUGACGUCUGCAUCAGAUAUUACCCAGUGCUUUUUCAAUGUGCAUUUUCCCCUCAGUGACUUUGCGCUGAUCUACAUCAUCAUCAGCAGCAACGGAAAAAGGGAAUGAAGAUUUCAUUUUUCUUUUUUUUAAGCCCACCGCUCCCCUUCAGCCGACCAGCGUUUACAGCUCAAACAAAUAUAUUUUAACAACAUCACGUUGUGGAAUAGUCUGGCGCCAGAGCAUCGCUGGAACCAUGCCUCUUCUGCAGAUUUGGACUGGGAAAUUUCAUCCACCAAUUUGAUCAGUGAGAGGCUGCUGCGAAGUCAUUCAUGCCAGUGUUUGUUUUUUUAAGGAGAGGAACACUUGUCAUCACUUUUAAAAGUAUAGUGUAUGCUGUUUUUUGAGCAAGAUGUCUGAUCUUCUGGUGUUGGUCGAGGGGCUCUGUGACCUGCACUGAUUUCCAUAGCUGGGGAAAACAGCGGGGGCCAAUUACCAGAAUUUUUUUUCUUUUUUCUUUUCUUUUUCUUUUGUUUUUUUUUUUCAAACAAGAAACCUGUUUUAAUGAAGACACUGCAUGCGUAGAUGUAGGCUAGUUUAUUCGACGUUUUUCCAAGGCAAUUUUUUUUAAUUGCCAGUUUUCUUUUGUGUAUUUUCGGGAGGACCACUGGACUGGUUGGAUUAUAGAAACUAUAUCUACGGAUUUGUGGAGAUGUUGGGUCGUCAAGAAGAUAAAUUAUGUGGAAUUUCCUCUGCUCUGGCGGCUUUGUCCUUCGUAUGCUUUGUUCAAAGCUCCUCCACUGGAAGCACAGGAAUGUCUGUGGCCAAAACCACUGUGGACAAGUUGCUGAAGGGAUAUGACAUCCGUUUAAGACCUGAUUUUGGAGGUCCUCCAGUCAUUGUAGGAAUGAGUAUCAACAUAGCGAGCAUCGACUCCAUCUCAGAAGUAAACAUGGAUUAUACCAUCACAAUGUAUUUCCAGCAGAGUUGGAGAGAUAAACGUUUGGCUUAUGGUGAGCUGAACUUAAACCUGACUCUGGAUAAUCGCGUAGCAGACCAACUGUGGCUCCCAGACACCUACUUCCUUAAUGACAAGAAGUCAUUCCUGCAUGGAGUGACAGUAAAAAACCGGAUGAUCCGACUACAUCCUGACGGCACUGUCUUAUACGGACUGAGAAUAACAACUACAGCUGCUUGCAUGAUGGACUUAAGGAGAUACCCUCUCGAUGAACAGAACUGCACCCUGGAAAUUGAAAGCUAUGGAUAUACCACAGAUGACAUCGUAUUUUUCUGGCAAGGAGGGGACAGCGCUGUGACAGGAGUUGACAAGUUAGAGUUACCUCAGUUCUCCAUUGUGGACAUCCGCCUGGUGUCCAAGGAGGUCAGGUUUACUACAGGUUCAUAUCCAAGGCUUUCGCUGAGUUUCAGGAUUAAGAGGAACAUUGGAUAUUUCAUCCUGCAGACGUAUAUGCCCUCCAUCUUGAUCACCAUCCUCUCCUGGGUCUCCUUCUGGAUCAAUUAUGAUGCUUCUGCAGCUCGGGUGGCCCUGGGUGUGACUACGGUGCUGACCAUGACAACAAUUAACACCCACCUUAGGGAGACUCUCCCAAAGAUUCCGUAUGUGAAAGCCAUCGACGUCUACCUCAUGGGCUGUUUUGUGUUUGUGUUCCUGGCCCUGCUUGAAUAUGCCUUUGUAAAUUACGUGUUCUUUGGCCGGGGUCCUGCGCAACAGAAGAAAAUCAAUGAGAGGCUGAACAAAGCCAACAACGAGCGCACAAGAUACGAAGAGAAGCGCCUGAGGGAACAGGACUCCAUUUCCGUGCCGUUUCAAACCAACACCUUCAGGUCAUUUACACAGCGAAGAAAUCUGUAUCUCGAGGAACAAAGAAAAGUUGGGGUGGAUGCUUAUGGAAACAUCCUCCUCACUACGCUGGAGAUGAACAACGAAGUGAUGCCUUCUGAUGUGGGGAGUAGCGUCAGUGACUCUCAGAAUUCGGUCAUGUCCUUCAACAGCUCCGGGGUCCAAUUCAGGAAGCCCAUGGCGCCCCGAGACGGUUUCAGCCACCAUUCGCUGGACCGGAGCGCCAUGCGGAGCAGGGCCAACUGUCGGCUACGACGACGCUCCUCCAAGCUCAAGUUGAAAAUCCCAAACCUGUCAGAUGUUAGCACCAUUGACAAGUGGUCCCGGGUCAUUUUCCCUAUCACCUUUGGAUUUUUCAACCUAAUCUACUGGUUGUACUAUGUGAAUUGAUGUGCAUCCCACUAGGAAUCAUGGGCCAUAUUUUGAGAGCACAUUAAAUUGGCUUUGAUACAGUUCCAAAAUAUGUAUACACAUAUACAAGUUGAACAUAUGUAUAUGCAUAUUUCUAUAUAUUAUAUUUAUAUAUACACAUGUGAAAUCUGAAGGACCUUUCUGCUGUACAAAGUAUUAAUAGGAUGACUUGAAUGUUUAAGAAUAAUUGUGAGAGAAGAAUUUCAAGGCUUUGAGUUUCUUUUUCCUCCUGAAACAAACAAACACGAGAUCCCCCCUGGGAUUUUUGGAACUAAAGACUGCAUGAUAUUUUUGCUAAAAAAAAAAAAGAAAAAAGAGAAAGUGAAAGCUCCUGAGAGAGAAAAGAUGUCUCAGAGUCCCAUUGACUUUUUAUUGAUACUUAUUGUAAUCAAAAAUCCUCUACUGCAGCUCAUGAAAUCAGUGAUGGCUUGUCUGUUCAGGCAUCAGCUGAGUGAGAUCCUUGACACCCCCCACCCCACCCCACCCAACCCCCACCCUUCCCAUUACCCAUGGAUAACAUGCACGGAAAUCUCCGGUUCUACUAUGUACAGCAACCUUGUUUGGAUUAUGUGUUGUUCCUUGGGUUUUUUGAAGUGAUAUCGUUCUCUAAAUCAGACAUCAGCUCUGGCCUAAUGGUCUCCAUUAGAAGGCCGUGUGGAUGGGAUGUUUGACCACUGCAUUCCUGCCCAGAGUCAACGCAAACUUGUAUUCCUUUCUCUUCUCAUGUUAUUUUUAGAAACAUGUCCUCGGGGGGUUUUUUCAUUAUGGUUGAAAACAAAUGCUGAAUAUUGUAGAUAUGAUUUUGUCUUGAAAAAUACUGUGAUUUCAGAGAGUGUCAGAACAUGUUCUAGAGCUAGGGCAUUAUUAGAUAAAAAAAAAAGAGUCAAAGGUAUGCAUUACUCAUUUUGAUUGUUUGAAAAAAAAACAUAUUCUGUACAUUUUAUCAUUCAGUAUUCUCAUGAAAGUAUACUUGUACUGUUCUUUUCCUCCUAUUGAUUGAUUCACACACUCUUUAGAUGCAGAAUUCAUUGACGUCUUAUCCUGCUUUCUGUUUGCUAAAGGAAAUGGGGGGUGCUUUUGUGAUUUGUUUGAAAUUAUUCCACAGUGAAGAUGUGAGAACAUGUGUAUUUAAAAGAGUCAACAUAUCAGCCCGCAGUUUGACCAGUUGUCACACCGUAUUUCUUUUUGUUAUUGUUACUGUUAAGCGUUUUUUCUGUGUUGGCAUCGCAGUCAGUAAGGUUAUAUUUAAUCUGGAAAGAAACGGGGAGCCUGGGUAGAAAAGAGAGAACGAUUCAAGGUUUCGAUUUAUCGGUCCCAUCCCCCAAAUGCUCUGGAUGAUUAGAAAUAUCAGUGUAACCAGGAGUAUAAUUCAGUGAUUCUUGGGGAACCUGAGAUAAAUAGCCAUGAAAUGACCAAAAGGCCUAUAAUCCAUAUGCACUAUUGUUUUUGUCUCCCACAAAACACACACACAACACACACACACACACACUCAAACUGUAUUUACAGGGCUCAGGUUCAUUAGCAAAGAAAAAAGGAUUUAUCUGAGACUGUAGGAUGUUGAUUUUUUUUUCAGACCUAUUAUAGGAAGCAAACUGAAUAGUGAUAUGUAUUUAUAGGUUGAGGGAUAAAUUAGUUUGCGUUGUGUGCUCACCAAAGUUAAAGCGUCAGAGCAUUAGACAAACUGACUGAAAAGCCUUACAUGCUUUUCUUCGAGCAGCUGAAGUACAGAUGUUUUCAUCCCUGAGUGUCAGAAUCAUCACCUUCAUUGUCAUUUUCACUUCAGGCACAAACAACCUCCACUGGGAGCAACGGGCUCUGAGCAAAUCCAACAUGACCAAACAAAUUAUUGGAUCCUGUAGCAGAAAAAUAAUUUGGUCAUUACAAUAUAGGUGCAAUGUGGUCCCUGAGAAAUAGACAAGAGGAAAAUUGUCAUAUACAAAAACACAUGGGGAAAAGACAAAGAUGGACGGGCUGCAGAGUAAUGAGAUGAAGAUGGUAAAGCAGGAGUAUCAAUUUGUCAUCAGAAAUAUCCACGCCCGUCUGGAGAGCAGGGUGUGGAUGCAUAAGAAGUAUUCAACAAGGAAUACUGAUCAGAAACCAAUUUGUCUCCGCAACUCGUAGUGAAGUUCGUACAGUGAUGUGGCCCAAGCUUUACCUCGGAGCUUGAAGUUUGAUGUUUCUAAAUGAAGCUGAACAAUCUGUUUUGUCUUGUAGUCAAAAAAAAAAAAAAAAAAAAAAAAGAAACUACUUGGUAAUAAUUGUGAAGAGAACAAAUUUGCUGCUGUUUAUGAGAGAAGUGACAAUGGGUCAAAAUUGUGGCUAAUACAGUAUUGUGAGAAAUAUGUUCAAAAAAUAUAUAUAAUUUCCAACCUCUAAGGUAAAAAGAAUUUGCACUAAGGCUGGAUUAAGGUACUAUAUAGAAAAUAUAUGUAGGGUAUAAUGUGCCAAAUACACAUUUCCAUAUGGAACAAAGAUUUAUAUGUAGUUUAUCAAACUACCAGAUGCCAGACUAGUCAUUAUUAUAGUCAUUAUAAACUCUGUGAUACCUACUUUACAGCUUUCGUUGGAGGAGCUGUUAGUCGGUUAUGCAAUGAUCUUGAUUGCGUUCCUGCAGUAUAUUUCUCCAUGGAUCUAAUAACAGUAUUUGUAGCGUCUCAUUUGGGACAUUCGUGCACUUUUGUGUUUUUCAGUGAGUUGAGGUGGGGAUUACCAAUGUGCUUUUUACAUCUAUAUUUCAGCCAACAUUGAUCACUUAAAUAUUAGGAAAGGUGGUAAAAGUUAGUGAAUAAGUGAAGUUUGUGCUUUUUUAGAGGUUGGGCAGUGGGAGUUACAUCCUUCCUUCCAACCUGAUCUGCACGCUAACAGCCUGUCAAACUCUUCAAAGGCAAUAUGAUGGAUCUUUACUAGACUAAGAUGCCAGAGGAUACUAUUUGUUCCAGUGCAUAUAGAGCACAUAUUAUUUAUACUAAUAUGAGACUUAAAGGUAACCAAAAGUGUUAUUUCAACUAAAACAGUGGAAUAUGUCCGUCUAGAAGGAAGCCUAAUCACCUACUCUGUGGUUCAGUGAAAUGCACUUACAUUUUGCAAUGUAAACGUACACAAAUAUGAACCUCUAAUUCAGGUUGGUUUAUUCGCAGAAAUUACUACAAAUAUGCCUUUUCAGGUAUUUUCUUAUUUUUGAGAUCUUAGAUGCAUAUCUUAAAUGAACUCCAAACACUUACAAAUGAAAAAAGGAAGAAAAAAAAACAAAACACUAGCAGCCCUUGCAUGCUCGCAGUAAAAAUAUUCACCACUCAUUUCACUCAGAACAUGUAUUAUCUGCUUUCUGGACAUGAAAUCAGCACAUUCAUCCCAAAAGCUGUGAGGAUCUUCUGUUCUAUGCUUUACUUUAGGAUAUUUGCUUAUACGAGAGAGAAAAUAUGUUUCUUUUGACACAUAUGUUCAAGGAGUAGAGGAAAAAAAGUGUUGAACUGAUUUCAAUGUGAAUUUUCUUGCCUCUAGUGUAUAUGUGUAAUUACAUGUGAAUUGUACUGUAAAUAUGAUAUCUUUCACUUAAUAGUUCUUAAUGCAUGUACAAAAACAUGGCAGUUCGUAAUACCAGCUAGCCUCACUGCUAAUGGCAUGGACAGCUUCUCUAGCAUUGGCAUACUUCUGCAAACGAAACCUAAAAAAUGAAACACAAGAAAUACAUGGUGUGAACAAAAUAAUGGAAAAAUCAACGCAAAGUCUGCUCAUAGUGAGGGAGUUUUCUGGUGGCUCUGUCGAUGUGUGAGCAUGUGUCCCCUUGAGGACAGGGCUAAUGUUAAUUUUUUUGCUCCUGUAAAGAUGCCUGUAUAUUACAGUAUGCCUUGGUACACUUUCAGCAAAUGGGAUGGUGUCGUCCUGAAGGAAAUUCUUCUAAUAUGAUUUAUAUACAUCUAAGUGGGCUUUUCCACCUGAGAGUUACAGCACAUUACCUGACACGUUUACCUCAGCUAUCAUUUUACAUGAUGAAAUUAAGGGCAUAAUCUCCUAGCUGGCCUAUACAGGCAAGAGGAGCAGGAUAGCCUUAAAAGGGUGAGUGAGAAGUGUUUUCCUGUUCCUCUACGAAAAAAAAAAUGUCAUGUGUGUCCUUGAACACACAUGAUCAAGGUAACUGAGCAACCAAUUGCUCAAGUGCAGCUGCUCCCUCGCCAACAAUAGAAGUCUAGUUUGUGCAGGCUAGCUCUGGGAAGUAAAUAUUUUCAGCAGAGCGAGGGGGUAUUGACAGAAAAUCAUUCCCUGGGUCGACAUAAAAAAAUGACCUCUCCUUGUUCUUGACAGGAAAUGUUAAUAUCAUUAGCAUUUCCUGAUGCAGCAGUACAUUCAGGAGGACUGCAGGAUUUCUGUCAUUAGGUUUCGGUCCCAAAAAUGUCCCACAAAUGUCUCCUGGUUCUGUGCAAGUUAAAGCCUAGUAUGUAGCAUGAUUAAGAUGUUUGUGGGAUCACAGGGAGGUGAAAACUUUUGUUGUCUGCUGCAUUUUUCAAGCAAGUAGAGGACUUUAUAUUUUGGCAUUUUGUCUGGGAUUACAGCGUUCCCUGUCAUAGAAAAACUUAAAAGAUAAAGGUGGACUAGAACCACACAUGUAUAUUUCAUCUACCGAACACCAGAAAGAUACUGACAGACUCCUCACUGUUUGAAGACCUUUUGUUGGUACAUUCAUUAUUUUGUAUACCUUGUAGGUUUUGUUUUGCAUGACCUAAGUUUUAAAAGGUUUAUUUUCAUAUGUUUUUUACUCACACCAUCAGAAUCAUCUCCACAGCCAGGAAAAGAAAGAUCCAGUGUUUACAUGCUCAAAUUGCACUUGUUUUACAGCCAGCUCUAUAAAUCUUGUGAAACAAACUGUUCGUAAAACUGGAGGAAAAAUGUAGAACGUACAUCAUGUGAUUCAUGUGAAUCAUGACUAUGUACUUCUAUAAAAUGUACUUACUGUAAAUCACGCAAUUUGGAAUAGAUGCACAAAGUGCAUGCUGUAGUUUUAUCAGGUUCAGCAUAAGCAUUAACAUCAGUCGCCCUUCAACUACAAAGGAUGUAAAGGAUGCUCACCAGUAGCAUCUGAACGUAAGCCAUGUGAUUGCACACUGAGUGGGUGUACCCUGUAUUUUCUCUUUAAUAAGUUGCCUCUGGUUAUGGUCUGUUGUCGAUUACUGUAUGAUGAUACUUGCAAGAAGCUGUGCUGAUUCCCAGUUACACAUCAGUAUGCCUCCCUCUCUGAAAUACCCGACCAGGGAGACUGUGUCAUGUUUAACCAGUAGGUAAGAAAGGUUUUCCACCAACACUGUAAAAAAGCAAAUUGGCAACAAAAAAGAAACAAACCCACUAAACCAACAACCCAUUUAUUUUGAAAUAUGAAUUAGUAAAUGAUUUUAUUCAUUUAUGUGUUCAUUUCUGAUUUAUUGUAUUUGUUGCAUUUGUUAUGGAUUGUUAUUCUUACUGUUGUUGUUGUUUUAUCAUAAGAAGGAAAUGUAAUUCAUCUGAUAUACUGGCACUGGAAGAAAAAUGCAUUUGGUUUUUGUACUGUAAUUGUUUUGUUCACAUUGGGCGCUUAUUUGAUUCAGUUGUUUAAUAAGGUGUUUGAUUUCAUUUGGGGUAUCAGUACUCAUGGAAUCAACAUUUGUGUAGUAUGAAGUUGUAUUUUUUUUUGUCAGUGCAAAUUAAUGUUAUAGUGUCAAUCAGCUUUUUUAGGUGUUUGAACAAAAUGUGUUUUUUACAAAUACAAGGUGUUCAAGUAUGUGGUAUAAAAAGGGUUAUCAUUCAAACAACAGACUUUUUACAAAUAAAGGCUUAUACAGUAAAGAAAGCAAGCAAGUCUUUUCAUUUGCCCUUUGAGGACUAAUAUACCAUAUGGGUUUAUUUGACUUUUAUUAAUUUAUUUUGACGUAUUAGUCCCCAAAAGGUAAAUAGCAUUCAAUGUUGCUGAAUAAAUCAGGUAUUUACCAUUGCUAUUCCAGGUUGUUGUCAGAGCUCUCACCUCUUAGUUGGUGUCUUGCUUUUGAUAAGGACUGUUGGAUAUGACAGUCCAAUAACAAAAUUUAAGAGAACUCAAGAGUGUCUUCUUUUAAUUUGAUUACAAAACAUUGCGCGUUUAUGAGAAUAUACCUCCUUUCAUACCCUAUUUCCUGAAUAAAGACGCAAAGUGA